AAGGAACGUCCACUGCCGCCACAGGUGUAAUACCACUUUGUGUGCCGCAUCAUUAUCUCAGCAGAUUGGGGCUCCGUCAAGGCGCAGCCGUAAACCAACAUAUUUUUGGUGCCGAAACCCGGGACUGCUUUGCUUGGGACUGGCUGGAAACAAACCGUUGGUCUUCGUUGGACACCUUUAAACAGUGGAAGGUUCAUUUACGCAAGGUUAGUGCACUUGUGAGUUGUUGUGUGAUAGAGAGUUGAGUCAUGGCCGAAGGUGUAGUGGAAUUAAUUUGCGAGCAAGCUGCGUUGGUAGACUCGGUGAAGCGUAUGUUGGAAAAGUUCAAAAAUGAUGAGACCAGUAAAUCUGAAGCGCAUAUGGAGGCUAGAUUGGAAGCUAUGACCACGGUACAUGCGGAAUUUCGCGCGAAUCAUCGUAAGCUGAUACGGUCGGAGGAUGAUUUGGUGAAGCCGGGUUAUUUGGAGGUGGAUCUUGAAGGGCAGUUUGAAGAAGCGUAUAUCGAUUGUGUCGCGCAAAUUCGAACGGAAUUAAACAUCUCGAGAGGUCGGAUUCUUGCAUCAACGCUCAUCUCAUCCGGUGAAGUGCAGCGAAAUGGGUCCACCGAACCUACUGGUGUUAGCGGGUCAGCCGGUGUUGAAGAGGUUAAACUUCCUAGAGUGAAACUACCCAUGUUCAGUGGAGAAUUUGUGGAUUGGCCGGCAUUUAAGGAAAUGUUUGAAGCUCGGGUCCAUAAUUGUCCUAGACUCACGGAUUUGCAUCGAUUUCACUACCUCAAAGAUUCUCUUUCAGAUGAAGCGAAAAGGGAUAUACAACACCUUACUCUGAUAGAAUCUAAUUACAGUGUAGCUUGGCAAAUGUUGUUGAAAUUGUAUGAUAAUAAGCGAGUGUUGUUUCAGCAUUAUAUGCAGGUUCUCGAGCAACAGCCCAUGGUCCGUAACGACGACCCUGUGUCGCUAAAAGGGUUUUUGCAAACUUGUCGUUCAUGCAUUAAAUCGCUGGAGAAGGUGGGGGUGGAUCUCACCCAUCAGAGCCACAUUUUGGUAUACCUGAUGACGAAGAAGCUGCCAGCGCAGAUACGAUUGGAUUGGGAAAAAUCGAUAGCUCAAUCGCAAGAGUUACCAACUUUCGAGGAGCUGUCUACCCAGCUAGACGGUCAGUAUAGGACGAUGGUCACGACAGCCUCAGCUGACAGAGUGUUGUCAUCGAACAAGGAGAGUAAAGGCGCUGCUGGGUCCGGCGUAAAACGCAGGGAUGUUAAAUCUUCAUUUGUUGCCCGAUCGGUGGAUCAAUGCGCAGUCUGUGGAACUGAAGGUCAUUCCAUAGUCGACUGCAAGGUAUUUGGAGGCAUGAAUGUAACAGACCGGCGGGCAUCGGUGAUGAAGUAUCGCUUGUGUUUCAAUUGUUUGGGAAGCAACCAUCAGUCUCGCAGGUGCAGGCUAAAAAACAAUUGUUCGAUUUGCACAGACCGACACCACACUCUUGUCCAUGUGAAGCGUCAAGUAAGGGAUUCUGGGGAUCAGGUGCAACAGAUCACGUCGAAUGUCAUAAAUGGUGCGCCCGCUAUAGGAACGCAAAAAUAUGAGGUACUGCUGCCUACGGCGUUGGUCACCAUUGAGUCAUCAGAAGGCUUCCCGUUGCAAUUUAGGGCAUUCUUAGACCAAGGAUCGCAAGCUUCGUUUGUAUCGGAAAACGUAGCGCAAAGACUAGGAUUGUGUCGACAAAAGACACAUUUAAAGGUAAACGGGUUAUCCAAUGCGCGGAUUACGGAAGCAUCCUCUUCAGUUCUGUUGAAAAUCGGAUCACGGUUUGAACCGCAAGUGAAGUACAAUGUCACAGCGUAUGUUUUGCCGAAGAUCCCAAUUAUUUUGUACCCCAAGGAGUGGAUAUUUUGCUAGGUAGUGACAUAUAUGAUGAAUUGAUGUUGAGCGAGAUACAUCGUGGACCUGCAGGCACGCCUAUCGCGCAGAACACCCGUUUAGGGUUCAUUAUCUCAGGGAAGGUCCAGGAUUAUGCAACUAACGCAUUGGUACAUACGGUUCAGGUGGUCCAGGAUGAUUCAUCUGCGGAAUUGGAAGGGUUGCUCCGACGGUUUUGGGAGCUUGAGCAGUAUGAGCAAGAAUCUGGAGGAUUAUCGAAUGAAGAACAAUGGUGUGAGGAACAUUUUCUAGAAACAUACAAAAGGUUGUCGUAUGGGAAAUAUGUAGUGCGGCUCCCAUUGUUAUCGACAUUGGACCCUAGCGCAGUGAUUGGAGCGUCGUACCGGCCAGCUCUAAAAAGGUUGUGCCACCUGGACAAACGUUUACGGAAGGAUGCCAAGUUGAAGGAAAUAUAUUCCCAAACGAUCCGUGAAUAUUUGGAACUAGGCCAAAUGAAGAGGGCUUCCUCCCAGUGGAGCGACGUUGAAGAUCAAGGUGUAUUGAUGGCCAAGGGGGGAGCCACACAUUGCUAUUUACCCCACCAUCCAGUGAUUAAGGAAUCCUCGACAACAACAAAGGUGCGUGUUGUAUUUGAUGGGUCAAUGAAAACGAGCAAUGGAAAGGCGUUAAAUGAAGUAUUGGCGAUCGGGCCAAAACUGCAUCGGGAUCUACCGAGCGUGUUGAUUAACUGGAGGUCGUUGAAAUACGCAUUCAUGGCAGAUGUCGAAAAGAUGUACAGGUGCAUCAAUGUCCAUGAGAGGGAUGCUCAAUACCAAAGGAUUCUGUGGAAACCGGAUGAAGGCGAUCAAAUUGAGGAGUACGCAUGUUGCACGGUGAUGUUUGGCACGAGCUGUGCUCCAUAUUUGGCCAUAAGGGUCAUGCAACAAUUGGCCCAGGAUGAAGCUCAUAACUACCCGUUGGCUGCAGAUGUACUAAGACGUCAAAUGUAUGUGGAUGACGUUUUAUCAGGAGCGGAUAGUCUGGCUGAUGCCAAGGAUAUUCAAACUCAAGUCAUCGGGAUGAUGAAAAGUGGAACGUUUGAAUUACGUAAAUGGGCUAGUAAUUGCACACAGCUGCUAGACGGAAUCCCUCUGGAGCACCGUGAGACAAUGGGACCGGUAAAUUUGCAGGGCGAUGAAAUGAUACGUGCACUGGGCUUAUAUUGGAACCCCAGUGAAGACGAAUUCCGAUUUCAUUUAAACUUCGAUAUUCCGACAGGUACACCGACGAAGAGGAAUAUAUUAUCCACGAUUGCAAGGCUAUUCGAUCCGAUGGGUUGGCUAAGCCCAGUAACAAUAGUGGGACGGCGUCUUAUGCAGACCUUAUGGAAAACAAAACUUAAUUGGGAUGACCAUGUUCCGCUAUCUAUUCAAAGGGAAUGGGAGAAAUUCACACUGGAGUUGCCAAAUUUGUCGAAGGUGCAUAUACCACGGUAUAUAGCUUGGGGAAUGUCAGGCGUUAUUCCGCAGUUGCACAUAUUUUGUGACGCCUCCAUGAGUGCAUAUGGUGCAGCAGCCUAUUUGCGGAUGCGAAAAGAAGAGGAAUCUUUUCAUGUGGAGUUGGUGGUAGCAAAAUGUAAGGUGUCGCCUAUAAAGCCACAGCUUACAAUCCCACGAGCCGAGUUGUGUGCAGCAGUUAUGGCUGUCAAAAUAUUCAAAUAUCUAAAGGACCAAAUAAAUAUCCCAGUUGAUUUUUCAAAAACGGUUUUCUGGUCGGACUCAAUGAUCGUUCUGAGCUGGAUUCGAGGAGGAGCUACGAGAUGGAAGAUGUUCGUUGCCAACCGAAUCAGCAAGAUUUUGGAGCUAACCGAUGGGAAACAAUGGAAACACGUUGCCUCGGAGGAUAACCCCGCAGACCUUUUAAGCCGUGGAGUCAAUGUGACGAAGUUGUCUUCCUGCCAAUUGUGGUGGCAUGGGCCGCGAUGGCUUCAAUCGCCUGAAACGGAAUGGCCAACCACAGCAGUAUACCAUGCAAUGGACACAGUAGUGAGCAGCGAAAUGAAGAAGGUUGAAUGUAAUUUUGUAUCUGUCACGGACGAGUCCUGUCCCUCCUUACUGGAGAGCUGUUCGUCGUUUACACGCCUAAUCCGCGUCAUAUCAUAUGUGAAUCGGUUCUUAAGGAAUUGCCGUGUUACCAAGACUGAUCGGAAGGCUGGCUUUCUCAGUAUAGACGAGCUAAGCGGAGGACUCUUGUGCGCAGUCCGAAUGUGUCAAUUGGAAGCUUUUCCCAAGGAAUGGAACAUGUUAAUGAACGGGAAAGGUGCGACCAAAGAGAGUUCGCUGCUGCCACUUAAUCCUUAUUUUGAUAAGGAAGAAAAUGUUAUUCGGCUUGGAGGCCGAUUGAGAGACGCAUUACUGUCGAAAGCGGAGAAACAUCCGUAUAUUCUUCCCUACAAGCAUCCGCUGACAACGUUGGUUAUACGUUUUAGCCAUGCCAGUACUCUGCAUGGGGGAGCUGCGAUUACACUCAGCCAUAUACGAAAAAGAUUCUGGAUACUGAACGGGCGAAAUGCUGUACGAAAGGAAAUUCACCAAUGUGUCGUAUGUUACAGGUUGAAUCCGAAGACCACUUGUCAGCAAAUGGGAGAUUUGCCAGCGGUUAGGGUUCGCCCACAAAGAGCUUUUGAAUCCAUCGGAGUUGAUUAUGCAGGACCGUUCAACAUAUCCCCUUCUAAAGGAAGAGGUCGGACAGCAAUCAAGGGCUACAUCGCUGUAUUUAUAUGUCUGGUGACCAAAGCCAUCCACUUGGAACCCGUGGGGGACUUGACAUCAACCGCAUUUAUGGGAGCACUGCAGCGAUUCAUUGGCCGACGUGGGAAAUGCACUCACAUAUAUAGCGAUUGUGGGACGAAUUUUGUUGGCGCAAAUCGAAAGCUGCAAGCUGAUAAGUUGGCAUACAGACGGUACAUCGAAAAUACUAUCCUCUCAAAACUAGCAGAUGAUGGGAUCACUUGGCAUUUUAACCCUCCAUCUGCACCACAUUUUGGAGGACUGUGGGAGGCGGGUGUUAAAUCGAUGAAAUACCACCUGAAGAGGACGAUCGGAGUUCGUACACUUACGUAUGAAGAGUUGGCUACUGUGCUAGCUCAAAUCGAGGCUUGUUUAAACUCUCGGCCACUAUGCCCUCUGAGCAAUGAUCCAGAAGACCUAAUGGUAUUAACCCCUGGUCACUUUUUAAUAGGGGAAUCUUUACUUGCUCUACCUGAGGGACAGGUUGAUAACAUUAGCCACACGGAACGAUGGAGAAACUGUCAAUAUAUGGUUCAGCAAUUCUGGAAACGUUGGAGCUCUGACUAUUUAACGCGAUUGCAACGGAGACCGAAAUGGUUAGAAAGGAAGGAGAAUUUAAAGGCCGGCGACAUAGUUAUUGUUAAAGACGAGCGGCUUCCGUCUAAUUUCUGGCCCCUUGGUCGAAUUAUGCAAACUCACCGAGGGAAGGAUGGUUUAGUUCGAGUGGUCACGCUAAAAUCUAACGGGGGCCUGAUUAAACGACCGGUUGCAAAGCUCUGCCCUCUACCUAUACAAGAUAAUUGGCUAAAUUCUGACAUUGACCCUCCACAACACUCAUAAACUGCACUCUCUCGUUACAGCGUUGUUUUGAGCUUUAUUUUCAGUUCUAUUGGCCUGAAGUUGGAAAAAAAAAAAAAAAAAAAACCAAUCUGGAUUAGACGAUACUGAAGCUAUCGUCAAGGGGGGAGAAUGUUUAGGCAACGCAAAGUUUCUACCGGGGAACUAUUUUAUAUUAUAGCAGCUCAGAUGUCGUUGCGCCUAUGUUUUGGGAGUAUGCCUUAUGCAUCUCUUUCGUAGUUGUUUUGGGAGCUACAGCGAUCGGCAAACGUCUACGGUCUGCUCGUAACGCUCUUAUACGGCGCUCUCGUACGCUAUUGUCGCGUCGCAAGGUGCAGUUAGGACUAGCAUAUAAGUACUACAUAAGUUCAAGAACCACAUCGACGGCAAUGAACAGCAAGCCGAUGAUACAGUCUGUAAGCGACAGCCCAGGAAAGCAGAACGCACCCUCUGUGCCAAAAAUUGUAUUUUUAACUUAACCUCUAAUAAAUCAU